CAGGGCCCCGGUGGCUGGAAGGGAUGUGGUGGCUGGAGGGGGGACCCCAAGGACAUCUGGGGCUGCACCCGGCUAGAGGUGGUGGUGAGGCUCCUCCUUCCGGAGAGGGGCAGUGUGACUCGCACUCUGCGGAGACUUAAGCUUGACUUCAGAGACGUCAUCAGAGGGGGCAGACUUGACUGAGACCGUCCAGCGCUGGCUCUCGACUUUGGGAAGAAGUCCGCAGCCGGGGCGCGGCACCUGAGGGGGGAGCGCCUGACGGGCUAGGAGGUGGGAACUCAUGAUGAAACACCGGACACAGACGGUUUCUUCAGUUAACUGGAGGGAUUUCACACUCCAGAGCAGAAGGUGGCGCUGUUGCACGGAAGACUCCGGUUGCCGCUCGGGGAAACCAAAACAGGAAGUGAGACGGAAGAAAAGCAAAAGAGCCAGAACAAGACCGGCCCGUCCAGUCCUCUGUCACCGGACCGGUGAUGGAAUGUUCCUGCGCCAUGUCGCCGCGUCUACUACGGAUGAAGUGGCCGUGCUGUUCCUGGCUGUCGGGGACGCCUGCCGCCUGCUGCUCCACCUGCUCGUCACGAUGCUCAGCCUGAGCGGCUCCACUCUGGUCCAAUACUGGAAUUUUGCUCUUCUCUCCGUUCUCGUCGCCGCUGAGGCCGUGUCGGGCGCCGCCCGCGGGGCCCUGCGCGCCAUGGAGGGCUGGCUGCAGACGCUGGGGGGAGUGUUUGAGAGUUUCAAGAUGGUGGGGCACCUCUUUUGCCACAUGGCGUGGCGCACCAAGGAUGCGCUGCACCGCGGGUUUAUCUUGGCGUGCUGCCUCCUGCGGCAGACCUGCGAGGGCGUCCUCAUCGUGCUCAGCCUCGCGCUGUACGUUGUCAACACGGUGGUCAACGUCGUCCUCAUCGGCACACAGAACUGUCUGACCGUGGUGGCGGGCGUCUGGGAGACGGUGGCGGCUCCCGUCCACAGAGUGGCGGAGCUGACUCUGACGCUGCUGACCUUCCUGUACAGCUGUCUGGUGGGCGUGUCCGUGCUGCUGUGGACGCCCUGUCAGCUGCUGCUGGACUUCCUGGGAGCGCUGGGGCGUGUCUUCAUCACGGUGUUCAUGUUCGACUCGCAGGGCCUGCUCGCCACGGCGGCCAUCGUCUCACUGGCUUUGCUGGUAUUGAAUCCCGGGCUUCCAGCACUCGUCGGACGGCUGAGCCUCCGUUUGGUCAACGCGCUGCCGGGAGCUCGUGGCGUGCAGACGACUGUGCGCAGGCUGUACACGGCGAUGCUGGAACCAGCGCUGGCUUAUCGGGCGGCUCACACCAGGACAACGCAGGGCGUGAGUAGAACGAGGCUCCUGAACACAGACACCAGGGGUGUGACCACUGAGCCCGACCUGCUGCCGGUGAACGUCCCGAGUCGGCCGAACUCGGUGCAACUUCCCACUCGGCGGGAUGGCGAGCUGGCGAGUGGCGGCGGCAGCAGGACGAGUACGUUCCGCCCGAAACCGGCUGCAGAGGACGGCGAGCUGCUGAGCCUGCUGAACGAGCAGGAGGAGAGGAAGAAGUGCGUCAUCUGUCAGGACUUCAACAAGACGGUGCUGCUGCUGCCCUGCCGUCACCUCUGCCUCUGCCGACACUGCGCCGACAUCCUGACGGAGCGCCGCCCCUCUCAGCAGCGCUGCUGUCCGCUCUGCCGUCAGAACAUCACACAGACCCUGGACGUCUUCCUCUGACGGGCGGCGGACGGACACGGACACGACCACGACGUGAACCAAAAGGCUGCGGCCGCACGAACUGCAGCACGCGAGAGGACUGCGACUUCGCUGUUGCUUUUUUCUCAACAAUUAGUCGAUUAAUUGAAGAAUAAUCAACAUUUUUUUCACAAUUUUCUGAUAAGUAAUUGACCAAACCACCGACUGAUUGAUUAGUUAAAUGUUAAGAAGUUUUUGUGUAAUCCUGCAGACGAACAAAUAUUACAUCUUAGAUCUGCGUGAAAACACAUCUUAGUGUUAUUAACAAUGAUUACAUAUGUACAUAGAUGAGUCACCACAACAGUUAAAUCUGUGUGAAAAUCAUUUUCAGCCCCAGAAAAAGUAUAAUAUUUAUUUGUCACUGAUGAGGUUGAAAACAAUUGACUGAUAUAAAACAAUAUUAGGGCUGAAAUUAAAUCAAAAAUGAAUAUUGUUAAAUGUUAAAUCAACUUGUUAUAAGCAAAAAUUAAAAUUACAAAACAUUCCCUGCUUUUCAAAUGCAAAAAUAUGUGCUGUUUUUUUUCUUCUCAAUUGAGAAUGAAAAAUCUUUUGACUCUUUGAGACUAAAUUAGAAACUUUUUUGUCAUAUUCCAGAAACAACUCAACAUCUUUUGUUCAUUGAAGUUUGUGUUUCUGUUUUACACUCGCUGCACAAAUUGAGCUCAAUAUUAGGGAGAAGAAAAAAUAUAAUAAAUAUUUAUUUAUUUUUAAAGGCAACAAUUCCUAAGAUUUCGACACAGAACCGUAAUAUAUGCUUGAUAUUUUACAGUGUAAUCAUUAACUAUGAUACUAUGUAUUAUAAGUACAAUACUUCCAAAUAUGUAGAACUUGAAUUAAGAAAAUAAAUGGGUUUUUUUGUCAAAUAUAAAUGUAUAUAUUUUCUACAUUGUAUAUUCUGUACAUAAAGCAGAAUUGAUUAUGUCUACAAAAGACUCCAACUGUUUUUUAUCUGGCUGUCGAUGAAUCAGUCGAGUUCUAGUUUUAACGUGAAUUUGAAAUAUAUUUGUCAUCAGCUGUGAAAUACCAAAACAACGGAAACACACUAAUAAUAAAAUAACACUGGAUUCCUACAGAUUAUAAGGUUCAGUGGAUUUUUCCACUUUUCAUCUGAAAGGUUUUAGGUCUCAGACGAUACCUUCUUUAAGCUGCAGAUUAAAGAUUUUGAUAACUGA